CUCUUACAGUUGUUGUUGGUGGUGUCUGUCUCUCAGGCUGAGAAGCCAGUGUGCAGGCUAACAGGGGAUCCCGAGAAUCCCCAAAUAUUCAAGGAUGGGGACAUUUUGUUGGGGGGAAUCUUUUCUUUCCACAGCAGCUGGAAAGGCAGACAGGAUACCUACAUGGAUAAACCACUGCCACUGCAGUGCACCAGUUUGAAUUUCAGAGAGUUCCAGUUUGCCCAGGCUAUGCUUUUUGCAUUAGAAGAGAUUAACAACAGCACAGACAUACUGCCUGGCAUCUCUCUGGGCUACAAGUUUUAUGAUGUAUGUGGCUCCAUUGCCAGAGGUGUGAGGGUUGCACUGGCCUUAGCUAAUGGCAAUGAACUUGUGUCUGCACCCUCAGAGGAACCAUGUACCAGACCGGCCCAAGUGCAGGCCAUAAUGGGAGAGACAUCUUCUUCUCCUUGCAUGGCUAUAUCUACUGUCAUUGGACCCUUUCAUAUCCCACUGAUCAGCCACUUUGCUACUUGUGCUUGUCUCAGUGAUAAGACAAAGUACCCAUCAUUCCUCAGAACAAUACCCAGUGACUAUUACCAGAGCAGAGCCCUGGCUCAAUUGGUCAAGUACUUUGGUUGGACUUGGGUUGGAGCUAUUCGAACAAAUGAUGAUUAUGGUAAUAACGGCAUGGCCAUAUUUACAGAAACUGCCCAGCAGCUGGGUAUCUGUCUGGAAUACUCUGUAGCUGUCUUUAGAACAGAUCCUCCAGACAAAUUACAAAAGAUAGUUGACAUUAUCAAGGCUUCCACUUCCAAAGUGAUUGUUGCUUUCCUUUCCCACAUGGAUAUGGAUGUGCUAAUACAUAAACUGUCUCACCACAACUUGACUGGGUACCAGUGGGUAGGAAGUGAGAGCUGGAUCUUUGAUUCCCACACUGCAGCCAUGGACAGGCAUCACAUUCUGGAUGGUGCCAUAGGCUUGUUCAUACCAAAAGCACAUGUCAGUGGCAUGAGAGAGUUCAUGUUGGAUGUGAAACCUCUCAAUUCAUCUAGUAAUGAAUUGUUUGCAGAGUUCUGGGAGACAUUAUUUAGCUGUAAGUUCAAGCAGUCAAAGUCAUCAGCAGGGAAUUUGACAGAAUGUACUGGAGAUGAAGAUGUGACUGGAGUACAUAACAGCUUCACUGAUAUGUCUCUCAUGCCUAUCUUUAACAAUGUUUACAAAGGAGUGUAUGCUGUGGCCCAUGCACUUCAUAAUAUUCUCAGCUGUAAACAAAAAUGUAACAAGGUGCAAUUGGAUCCAUUUAUGAUUUUGCAGAACAUUAGAAAGAUUCGGUUCAAAACAAAGGAAGGAGAUGAGGUUUACUUCAAUGAGAAUGGAGACCCAGUAGCAAAGUAUGAAAUCAUAAACUGGCAGCCAACUGAAAAUGGCAUUGUGGACUUUGUCACAGUUGGACUUCAUGAUGCAUCUUUACCUGCAGACAAACAGCUGAAUCUGCAAAAUAAGUCUUUAAUUUGGGCCCAGAACUCACAGCAGGUGCCUUUGUCAGUUUGCAGUGAGAGAUGUCCCCCAGGAACUCGUAAGGUUCUGCAGAAAGGAAAGCCUGUCUGCUGCUAUGACUGUUUAAGAUGUGCAGAGGGAGAGAUCAGCAAUGCAACAGAUUCUAUCACCUGUCUGAGAUGUGACCCCGAGUUCUGGUCCAAUGAGAGAAGAAAUGCCUGUGUAAAGAAGGAAGCAGAGUUUCUCUCAUACGAAGAGAUUAUGGGAGCACUGCUCACUGCAGCUUCUCUCUUUGGAACAUGCAUGACUGCUGUUGUGGCGUUCAUUUUCUUCAGAUACAGACAGACUCCUAUUGUCAGGGCCAACAACUCUGAGCUGAGCUUCCUGCUGCUCUUCUCCUUGAGUCUGUGUUUCCUGUGUUCUCUGACCUUCAUCGGUCGGCCCUCUGAGUGGUCCUGCAUGCUGCGACACACAGCAUUCGGCAUCACCUUUGUCCUCUGUAUCUCUUGUGUUCUGGGGAAAACAAUAGUGGUGUUAAUGGCCUUCAGGGCCACACUCCCAGGUAGUGAUGUGAUGAAAUGGUUUGGGCCUGCACAGCAGAAACUCAGUGUUCUGGGUUUCACUCUUAUACAAGUUAUCAUAUGUAUCCUCUGGUUAUCAAUUUCUCCUCCUUUUCCCUUUAAGAAUUUUAAGGAAUUCAAGGACAAAAUCAUCUUAGAGUGUGCUCUGGGCUCAGCUGUAGGCUUUUGGGCUGUACUUGGAUACAUUGGACUUCUGGCCAUGUUAUGUUUUAUUCUUGCUUUUUUGGCUCGGAAACUACCAGAUAAUUUCAACGAAGCCAAAUUUAUCACCUUUAGCAUGCUGAUAUUCUGUGCAGUAUGGAUCACAUUUAUCCCAGCGUAUGUCAGCUCGCCUGGGAAGUUCAGUGUUGCUGUGGAGAUAUUUGCUAUUCUGGCUUCAAGUUUUGGACUGCUCAUUUGUAUUUUUAUUCCAAAAUGUUACAUAAUUUUACUGAAACCAGAGAAGAAUACGAAAAAGAACAUGAUGGGAAAGGGGGCACCAAAAUGA